CUAUAUUAUAUUAUCGAUGACAAUUAUCAAACGAUUUUUUUUUGUCAAAAAUAAACAUUGUAGUUUACAUAUUUUUAAUAAUAAUAAAAGAAUAAAUUGAAACUAAAACAAAAAAAAUAAAAGUGAUCACGUUUUUUCAAUACCAUAUAUGUGAUAAAUUAUUAACUGAUAAUAAAAAUAAAAUAAGGAUUAACCUAUAAAUAUCAGAAUUUUUUGAAAGAAUGACUGAUCCUAUGAUAUUAAAGAGACCAAAGGCAAAUGAGGAUGAAGAUGAUUUGCUACGAAUGCAGGAGGAAUUUAUUCAAACAAACAGUAAACCAUCAGUAAAUAUUUCUUAUUCUAAUCAAUCUAAUAAUCAAAAUAAAUUUCCCAAACCGCGAGCUAUAUCAAAAUUUGUUUUAAAUAAAAAAUUAAAAACUCAAGAUUCCGAGGAAUCGCUUAAUAUCGAUAAUGUAAAGAAACCUUCGUCUUCUUCUUCUUUUAUUCUCGGUAAUAUUGUUGAAAAAAAUACAGCAAAACAAUUUAAUCCCAAAUUUUCCAACGAAUUAAACGAUGAUUCUUUAAAAUCUGGUUUUCCCUCUAUUUUCAUUUUCAAUGAUUCAACAGCAAAUGAAAAUGAAAGUUUAUUUUUGCAAGCAAUUUCAAAAAAUAAAAAUACCAUUUCACAUGAGGAAAUUGAUGUUAAAUUUGAAGAUUAUGGUUUAAUUACUGAGGAGGAUAUUCUUUGUGAAAAAAGAAAAUUAGAAUCAACUUUAAAUCCAAAUUUAAUAGAAUUUAUCAAGCGGAGAAAAAAAGAGAAGGAUCGUUUAAAAGAAGAAAAUAAGAAAAAAAUAAUUAUUGAAGAUACUAUUGAGAAUGAAGAAAUUCCAGAAAUGAUACAAGAAAUUUUCACUGAAGCAAAGAAAAAUAAUUGGAUUCAUAUGGAUGUUGUUGAAAAGGAAAAGGGAAAAUGGAUGAUGGAUGUGAAGGAAAAUAAAAAAGUGAAUUUAAACGAAUCAUAUAAUGCACGUUUUGAUUUUAAUGGUAUACUUCUUCCGUUUAAUGAUGAAAAUAUUACAAUUGAUAAAGGUUUACAUCAUCAUGGCGAUGAGCCUGAACGUCCUGGUUAUUCAUUACAGGAACUUCUUCAACUUUGUCGUUCUUCAUCACUUCAACAACGAUCAAUUGCACUUCAAACAUUAUCACAUAUUAUUGAAAAAAGUCGUCGUGGUUGGUAUGAUUCUGUUCUUAAUCCAGCUCCACUUACAGCGUUGAAUGAAAAAAAUUUAUUUCUACUUUUACGUUUUUCAAUUGACGAUUCAUCAACAACUGUUGUCACUGCUGCAUUACAUGCAAUGAGAAAUUUUCUCUAUAACGAGGAAGAUGAAAUAUGUUUAGAUCGUUUAUUUGGAUUAAAUGAUUUUGCUGAACCAAUUUUAAAACCAAAUUUAAAGGAUCUUAAGGAUGUGAAUAGUCUUAAGGAUCAUGAACUUGCACAAUUGGACACUAUUGCAACAAGUUUAAGAUCGGAUAUUAUAAAGAGAAUUAGAUAUAUUUUAAGUGAAAUGCAACCACCACCUGAUGGUGUUUCAGCGGCUUUAGAAAUUUUAAUACGUUUAUGUAGACACUCGGCAUUGCAAAUUAUUAGUGUGGUAAAUUUACUUGAUUGUAUUGUUAAAAAUUUUAUUCCAUUCACAACUGAUAAAUUAAUUAAUGAAAAAAAAAUAACUAAUGCUUAUGGAGUGCCAAUAAUUAGUGCUUUGCGAUUUUGUCGAAUUUUUAUUACAUAUGCGGGUAAACCGGCGGCAAUAAAACUUUGUCGAUUAAAUAUUAUUGGCUCUAUUGUAUCAUAUUUGAGCAGUGAAGCUGGAACUCAUGGAAUUUUUUUACAUAUUGAAUGUUUACGUCUUUGGAAAAUUCUUCUUUUACAUGAUUUUACACACGAUGUUUUACAAAAUUCUCAUAUUAUUUUAAAUACACAAUUGAAAAUUUUCAUAGAAAAUUUAAAUAUUGGUCAAUGUUCGGAAUUAUAUUCUGAACAUGCAACUGCAUUAAUUUCUGUAUUAAGUCAUGAGGUGUCGUUUCGUUCUGAUAUUGUUUUAGCAUUGAAAAAAUGGAGUACACAAUUGUCGAAUAUUUCUUUGCCAACAUGGGGAAAUAUGAAAUUAAUUCUUCAAACUUUAUUGGCAGUUGAAGAUAUUUCCGAAGGUUGCUUUCAAACAAAAUGGAUUGUAAAUUCAAAAAUUUUUGAAAAUUUAAAUUCAACUUCUAAUUUAUUAAGUGGUUUUUCCAUUGCAAAAGAAAGAAAUCCUUCUUCAUUGCCCAGUCUUGGGGCUUUAACUGAAAAUGGACAAUUACAACCAUUAUUAUCGCAAAAUUCUUGUUUUCCAUUUUUAUCACAAGCAUUGCAGUUCUUUAUGCAUUUCUCACAUAAAAAUGAAAUUGAAAUUUUCUUUAGCCAAUUGGAAUUUGUUAAAUAUAUUUCUUCACUUUCCAAUUGUAUUGAUUGGUCAUUGGAAAAUUCAUGGUUUACUCGUAUUGAAUUUAAUUUCUUGAUUAAUGUGAUAAAAUGUGGAAAAAUUAUUGAAAAUAAUCUUUCAUCAAAAAUGAAAAAUAUCCUUUCAAUUUUAGCAAUCAAAUUAAUAUCCACUUUGCCUGGAGAUUAUUCUAAUCAGACGAGAGAAAUUUUACAUUAUAUUUUAGAUCCUCAAAAAUUGAGUGUUGAUGAAAUUUUAAAAAAUCUUGAAGAUUUAAAAUUGGACAAUAAAAAUCAAAGUAAAUCAAUAAAUUUAUCCAAAGAACUUAUAAUAAUUUAUGAAAGUUAUAUUCCACUCAAGGGAAAUUGGGAAGAAACUUCAUUGCCCAAAGAUUGGAUUUUUCUACCAUUAAUUGAUAUUUAUAGAAAUUUAAAAAAUUCCCAACAACUUGAUAUAAAGGAUACGGAAAAAAUUGUUUUUGUUUUAAAUUUAUACAAAGGAUUGCCUGAACUUGUUGAGAAUUUAACACCAAAUUUACAAUUUAGUCGAUUAAUUCUUGUUUUUUUGUGUGAAACUGUUUUCAAUGAGAAAAAUGUCUCUCCACUAAUUGAAAAUAUAGUGUCGAGUUUUUUGAAAAAAUAUAAUAAAAAAUUAGAUUUAACAAAAGAUGUUCCGGGUUUAAGUUCUUUUACUGAUAUGUUCACUGAAUUAUGUGAAAAUUUUUUCUCACACUCAUAUGGUAAUAAUAAUUUUGCUUUAAUAUUAUUGACAUUUAUUUUACAAAGACAUGAUGUUCAUUAUAGAAAAAUGUUGUGGUCUGAACAUGCUGGAACAUUGCGAUAUAUAAGAAUAACUGUUGAUAAUUUAUUAUAUUCUAUUGAUGAAUUUUUAUAUCCCAUCGAAAUGGACAUUUCUUUAAUUGAAUGUUAUAUUAGAUCAUUGAUUCAUGGAAUUGUAAAAAAAGAAUGGUGCUCCAUUCCGUAUAUUAUUGCAUUACAUCAUAGUGGUAUGUUUUUAAAAAAUUCGGAAAAUCAAUUGGCUAUACAAAUGAAAAAUGGUUUAGAGAAAUUAAAAACUUGUCAAAUUGCAAAUGAAAUAUUAAAUUACGAUCCGAAUAGUAAAAUUUGAUUUUUAUAACAAAUGAAAAAUAGUUUAAAAAAUCUUUUUUGUACAAACUGAAUAAAUAUAUAUUUUUUUUUAGAGA